GAAUAUCUUCGGUCGUCUUCCUCCCAAUUCAUCAGUCGGGACUGUUCCGAUUUCGGUAUGGAGCUGUUCGAAAGCCCUACAGUUAAACUGAGCCUCUACGGCAAGGGAACCACCAUUCGGGAAAUCGCACUGGAGAAGGUCAAGUUUACAACUGUACCAGAGCGAGAGGAUCUGGAUGACCCGUUUAUUAUAUAUGACCUGGGUGACGUCGUGUCCAAGGACAACCAGUGGAGAGAGACGCUGCCCCAAAUUGAGACAUUCUUCGCUGUUAAGAGUAACCCGGAUCCAGUUGUACUGCGACUAAUGCUUGGACUAGGUAGAGGCUUUGAUUGCAGCAGUAAGAAAGAAAUACAGACGGUGCUUGAUAUAGGAGCGAGUCCAGAUCGCAUCAUCUUUGCUCAUCCCUUCAAACAGGAAUCGCAUCUACGCUUUGCGAGGGAGAAAGGGGUCAGUCUCAUGACCUUUGACACGGAAGAAGAGCUGUACAUGGUCAAACGCGUGUACCCGGAGGCCAAGUUGGUACUUCGCUUACGCUUUGACGCCUGGAAAAUGCCAAUCAAGUUCGGAUGCCGGGACAGUAAAGUGCGCCCUCUGUUGGGGCUUGCUAAGGAGCUAGGACUGUCCGUUUGUGGUGCGAGUUUUUACAUCGGCAACAUCCAUUCGGUCGACCCGAAAGUUUUCGUCCAAGCUAUUCGACACACCCGGUCUAUUUUCGAGGCCGGAAGAGGAUUGGGAUUAGACAUGGAUCUGCUGGACAUCGGCGGAGGAUUCCCCGGGAGAUUGCACGCAAAAAAACCCUUCGAAAAGUAUGCAGAUGCAGUCCGAGAGGCCCUGGAGGAAAACUUCCCGCCAAGCAUGGGCGUGAAGGUCAUAGCUGAACCGGGAACAUUUUACACGCAAUCAGCUGGGUACCUGGUGGCAAACGUCAUGGCCAAACGGCUCUACAGGCCAGGCAAGGACGAAACAACCAACGGCACUAACGGAACAACCAACGGCACGAACGGCCAUCCUGUGUGGAUGUACUACCUGAAUGUGGGCGUCUUCAAUGCGUUCAGUGGCCGAGAUGUGGACAGCAUUACCACCUUGUUUGAAGUUCCCGAGUUGCUUCGUCUGGAGGGGCCAGUCGGAAAGAAGCACCUCAAACCGUCAUGCCUAUGGGGACCCACGUGCUAUAGCAAGGAUGUCAUAUUUGACAGGUGUAUGAUGCCUGAAAUGGAAAGUGGGGACUUCGUUAUGUUCCAUGAUAUGGGAGCUUACAUUACUUCUUCUGGGUGUGGAUUUAAUGGCUUCGAGGUUCCACCGACGUGCUACAUCGCUCCCAAGGACAUUCGGGUGGUAUUACGUAAAUAA